CAUUCAUUCAAACUUAGAUACUUCCCUCGUGGUUCCAUUGGUAUAAGUAUGCGAUGUUAUCUGACUUAAUCCUUAAGCUUUCCUGCGUCCGGUUGCGCAUACUCUCUCCAGCUUCUUGCCGCUCCAAAUACCGGGCUCGCUCCCUACCUCCUUACACACAAGGACUUCAAGUUACAGAGACAAGCUACCAAAACUGAACUCACAAACCCCCCAACCAUGCACGUCCAACUCCAAACCCUCCUUUACCAACCCCCAGGCUACAUCCUCGCUUCCAUCCUCGCCUCACUAGGCGGCUUUCUCUUUGGCAUUGACACAGGCAUCAUCGGGCCUGUGACCGUCAUGCGGGACUUUUCCACCUUCGCCAACCACCCUUCGCCGACAGUCCACGGGCUGAUCGUCUCUUCAAUCCUCAUCCCCGCAGCCAUCUCCUCCUUCUUCGCGGGGCGCCCGGCCGACUCGCUCGGGCGGCACUGGGGGAUUGCCAUUGGCGCUUUCAUUUUCGGUCUCGGCGCCACCCUGGAGGCGGCUGCGGCGCAUAUUGCCAUGUUCGUCGCGGGUCGUGUGGUGGAGGGGAUUGGGGAAGGGUUGUAUCUUGGUACGCUGAUAGUGUACAUCUGCGAGAUAUCGCCCCCUAGAUACCGCGGCCCGUUGACAACGGGGCCUCAGUUGCUUAUAACCGCGGGGCUUGUCGUCGGGUUCUUCACGUGCUAUGCCACCGCAAACAUGCAGUCAACUUUCUCGUGGCGCCUACCUUUCAUUCUGCUCGCGGCCUAUUCGUUUGCCUUCUCUGCAGCUGUUCUCCUGUGGCUUCCCGCGUCUCCGCGUUGGCUCACGCUCCGAGGGCGGCCCGCCGAGGCCUCAGAGAUCUGGGAGAAGCUUGGUGUCCCUGCUGCGGAUCGGGAAAAGAUUCUGAACGAGUGCGAGACAGCCGCUGAUACUAAUACCAGUACCGCCACCACCGAGGUUGGUAAGAAUGAGGGUAGCCCGGGGCAAGGGCUCCUCGAUCAGGCCAGCAAGCCGAAGGCCAAGGCCAUGAUGCUCGAUUUGCUCUUGGAUCCCAAUGCGCGGCCUCGUCUCUUGCUGGCGGUGUUCGUCAUGGGCAUGCAGCAGCUGAGCGGUAUUGACGGCGUCCUCUAUUACGCGCCCAUUCUCUUCCAGCAAGCCGGCCUAUCUUCCGCCGAAGCGACCUUCCUUGCGUCAGGCGUUUCCGCCAUCGUCAUCUUCGCCGUCUCCAUCCCGGGCCUCAUCUACGCCGAUUUCUGGGGCCGCCGCGUCAACACCAUCCUCGGGGGCCUCGGCAUGGGGGCGACCAUGUUCCUCAUGGGCGGGCUGUAUGCCGGGGGCGCGGUUCACGCCAACGCAGGCACCGGCCGGUGGGUGGUGAUUGUGUCCAUCUACGUCUUUGCCGUCAUCUACUGCCUCUCGUGGGCCAUCUGCAUCAAGAUCUACGCCGCCGAGAUCCAGUCGCAGAAAACGAGGGCGACGGCGAUGGGCAUCGCACACGGGACCAACUGGCUCAGCAACUUCCUCGUCGCCCUGGUCACGCCGCAGCUACUGGCGAACUCCAGCUACGGGGCCUACUUUCUGUUUGGGUCGUGCACCAUUGCGACGGCGCUGGUGUGCUGGGCUUAUAUGCCUGAGACGAGAGGAAAGAGCCUGGAUGAGAUUGAGCAGGCCUUUUAUGAAAGCAACGUUAGCGGGCUCAAAAAGUUUGCGGAAGCC